UGUAUGGACUGUGGUGCUGGCCGGCAGCCAUGGGGAAGAUGCUGUCCAAGAUCUUCGGCAACAAAGAGAUGAGGAUCCUAAUGCUGGGCCUUGAUGCGGCCGGCAAGACGACCAUCCUCUACAAGCUCAAGUUGGGCCAGCCGGUGACCACCAUUCCCACGGUGGGCUUCAAUGUGGAGACGGUGACCUACAAGAAUGUCAAGUUCAACGUCUGGGACGUAGGGGGUCAGGACAAGAUCCGGCCCCUCUGGAGACACUACUAUACCGGCACCCAGGGGCUGAUCUUUGUAGUGGACUGCGCUGACCGCGACCGGAUUGAUGAGGGCCGGCAGGAGCUCCACCGUAUCAUCAACGACCGGGAAAUGCGGGAUGCCAUCAUCCUCGUUUUUGCUAACAAGCAGGACCUCCCCGACGCCAUGAAGCCCCACGAGAUCCAGGAAAAGCUGGGCCUCACUCGCAUUAGGGACAGAAAUUGGUAUGUCCAGCCGUCUUGCGCUACGUCGGGAGAAGGACUUUACGAAGGCUUAAUGUGGCUUACUUCCAACUACAAAUCAUAAUUCUAGGGCUAUAUUAUGUACCAUAUGUGUGCACACAAAAUCUCUUUAACCAAUGAAUCCUAGAACGU